AUCGCGAACUUGAAUUUAUUGCUUGAACUUCCGAUUCAUGUACUUCUGUUAGUUGCCAUGGCUCAUUUCCAGUUUGUUUUUUAUAUCUUUUGUAUAAUUUGGAACGAAUCUUAUCUGUCAAAAUACUUGGUAAUCCAAUUAAUUUGGUAUGCCAAUCCAGAUAUUCGGCGAUGUAGUCCCCGCAUGAUGUCUCAUCAGUAAUCCCAUAAUAAUCGAAAUUUUCACAACUACAUUCUUUAUAUAGAUUAGGAUAUUGAUCCAAUAUCUUGUUGCG